AUGAAGGAUGAUAGAGGUGAAACAAGAAUAUUUGGCGAACCUUUCGAAGACGCAACAACUUUCGAUGGACUUGGGAAAUCAUCAGGCCAUCCAGUUUUUUUAACUCUUGGUAACAUUCCAAAUCGUGUUCGAAAUUUGCCAGAGGCUAAAAUUCUUUUAGGAUUUCUCCCUAAAGUCCAAGAUAUAGGAAUCAAAACAACAGAAAAAAAAUCUGAAGCGCUAUAUUUUGGAAUUAAUGGACAAGUGAUUACUUUCGCUGCACGGAUAUCUUUUUUUCUCGCAGAUAUGCUUGAAGCUGAUGAUAUAACUGCAACAUAUAAAGGAGCGCAGUGCAAAAUGCCAUGCCAUACUUGCAUGGUUUUGCAAAGUGAUCUGAACAAUAUGAGUCUUAAACUAGAGAACGUACCUUAUAGAACUCAUGAAAAUAUGAAAAAUUUGAAUAUAUACGAAGCCUGCGUUCCUGACCGUAUGCACCAUAUCGAUCUUGGACUCUUCAAAUACCAAUUGGAAUUUACACAAGAUAUUUCAAAGGCAGUUGGAGGAACAGAACUACAAAAAAAAUUUGAUGAUCGACUUCGUCAGAUUCCUCGCUUCCCAGGUCUUAAACUCUUACAUAAAUUAGGACAUUUAAACGUACUUACUGCGUCAGACUAUCAUAACAUAAUGAAAAUUGCCCUUUUUGCCUUAGAUGAAAUUUUUGAAGGGAACGAAAUAACCUGUAAAGAACUUUGCAAACUUUACGCAAAGUUUAGUAAGAUGUACAUAAUAAUGAGCAGAAAAGAAAUGUAUACUGAAGAAGAUCUGAAAAUUUUUGAAGUCAAAGUUCAUAAAGUCACGUUGAAAAUCAUCGACACACUAAAGAUUAUCAAUUAUAGUCAGCAAUUAUUGAUUGGUGCAUUGAUUUCAAAAAGAUCUUCUCUCCAUUGUCCACUACUGACUGCAAUUUUCCAAAGUUACAUAGUUGGCGUGCCUGCUAUUAGAAAAUAUGGUGCAUUGAAUGGGUUGUCAACGGAAACGUACGAAACCCUUCACAAAUCAUAUGUCAAAACCCCAUAUCAGUUAUCAAACAGAAAAGACGUAAUGAGACAAUUGGUUAACGCUGUAAAACACAAAGAAUUGACAUCUUCUGCUAAAAAAGUUAUUCAUCGUAAAGCCAAAGGAUUUGGAAAAGUUCUUUGGGAACUAACAUUAGAUAAUAUCGACCAAAAAAUAAAAUCGUUGAUAAAAUCUGAAAAUCCACCACAUUCAAACUUCAUUGAAGGGUUAUCGCAAUUAAUUUUAACUUUAGAUACCUUUCUGGACACAUCUUCGCAAAAGUCCGAAAGUGACGAAUUUUACAUUAAAAUUUAUAAUUCAGUACACCUGAAAGAUAGACAUAUUUUAAGAACGACAGGAGAAUUUCAAGGUAAAGAAUGGUUCGGUAAUAUUGCAGUAACUCCUGCAGAAGAUCAAGAGCAAUACAAUUCGAAUGAGGGAGCUUGGUAUGGAAAAGUAAGUGAAUGA